GACUUUUUCACCCGUACCUUGACAAUGAGCGACGCAUGUCCAUGUGAUGUGUCUGGAGUGAGCACACAGUUCACGGUCUGCGUUUGUGUAACUGAACCAGUUUUAGCGCGACAGUCACCAGAUUAUUCUUUCUAUCUCUCCAUACAGCCAGUCUCAAGCGGGUGUGCUAAUGUAGCGUUAGCAUCUCCUCAACUCAGUCAUCCCAUACAUUCAGCUGUGUUGCUGAGUGGUGUUCAACCUCUCACCCAACAGCAGGACGUGAUUUCCAGGCUGCUCCCUCCGCCCUCGUCCCCUUUUAACGAUCUCUUCCCUCCGACCACCGACAGGAUGCUGACAGUCACCUGGGUGGGGCUGACGCGGAUGACGGUGCACGGGAGCGGAGCUCAGCGAUACAAAUCUAACCCGCUCAGGAUUAUUGUAAAGCAGCCAGGGGCGGUCGGUCCGUCCGAAGCCAAGCCAUGACCAAGCCCGAGUCGAGGAGAAGCGGCGCGGCUGCGAUCAACACCGGCGCGAAGUGCGCCACGGCCGCAUCCGCCGCCGAGCAGGUCAAUAACGGCGCGGCUCAGCCGGGCUGUCCGGGUCAGAGCGCCCCGAUCAAAGCCAAGGUGAUGAAGCAGAGCUCCAGGGAGAGCCUCUACCGGUGGAACACCGAGUGCGAAGUGUACGACGACGGGACCAACACCUUCUUCUGGCGAGCCCAUACUGUCACAGUACUGUUCAUUCUGACUUGUGCUUUGGUCUACGUCACGCUGUUGGAAGAAACCCCCCAGGACACGGCCUACAACACCAAAAGGGGGAUUAUAGCCAGCAUUCUUGUGUUCCUCUGUUUUGGAGUGACACAGGCCAAAGAUGGACCCUUCACCAGACCACAUCCAGCUUACUGGCGGUUCUGGCUCUGUGUCACUGUCGUCUACGAGCUCUUCCUCAUCUUCAUCCUAUUCCAGACGGUGCACGAUGGAAGACAGUUCAUGAAGUACAUUGACCCCAAACUAGGGGUCCCCCUGCCAGAGCGCGACUAUGGAGGAAACUGCCUCAUAUAUGACCCAGGAAACACCACUGACCCCUUCCACAACAUCUGGGACAAGAUUGAUGGCUUUGUUCCCGCUCACUUCCUGGGAUGGUAUAUAAAGACUCUGAUGAUCCGGGAUUGGUGGAUGUGUAUGAUAAUCAGUGUGAUGUUCGAGUUCUUGGAAUACAGCCUGGAGCACCAGUUACCCAACUUCUCUGAGUGCUGGUGGGACCAUUGGAUCAUGGAUGUGUUGGUGUGUAACGGCCUGGGAAUCUACUGUGGCAUGAAGACCCUGGCCUGGCUGUCAAUGAAGCCCUACCAGUGGCAGGGCCUUUGGAACAUUCCCACAUACAAGGGGAAGAUAAAGCGCAUGGCAUUCCAGUUCACACCGUACAGUUGGGUGAAGUUUGAGUGGAAGCCCGCCUCCAACCUUCGACGCUGGCUCGCUGUGUUAGGAAUUAUAUUCAUGUUCCUCCUGGCAGAGCUGAACACCUUCUACCUGAAGUGUGUGUUGUGGAUGCCUCCUGAACACUACCUGGUGCUGCUCCGCCUGGUGUUCUUCGUCAACGUGGGCGGCGUCGCCAUGAGGGAGAUCUACGACUUCAUGGACGACCCGAAGUUCCACAAGAAGCUGGGCCAGCAGGCGUGGCUGGUGGCAGCCAUCACAGUGACGGAGUUCCUCAUAGUGGCCAAGUACGACCCCAAGACCAUCAUGCUGCCCAUCCCCUUCGUCGUCACGCAGUGCUGGUUGUUAGGAAUCUUCCUCAUCUUCAUCUGGACUGUAUGGCGGUUUUUCAUCCGUGACAUCACACUUCGAUACAAAGAGACCCGACUACGCAAACAGGAAGUUCCCGCUGACUGGGACCGCCCUCUAGGCAGCAGUGGCACCAUCGCCCCCUCUGGGCGCAGCAAACUGAAUGGCAGCGCCGAGACUGUGAGGCAGAGGAAAUCCUGAAAGAGGGGGGCGGCGGGGUGGAGUUGCUCACUCAGCAGCUACUGAAGGAGAAAGGACAAGGUUUGAUGGGAAAAUAAAUAAAAUGAGUGAAGGAGAAGGGUAAGACGAAUGCAGAGACACACAGAUGGACGUGUAUUUGCUGUGUAGACUGUUUCUGUGCCUGCGUGAAACCAGGAGUCGUUCGGACAGGUGAGGGUGGAAGGAGCUGUUUUCAUUUGGUGCAUCGUCUAGUAAUUGUCAUACUACACGGAUUUACCUCAUUCUAUUUUUAAAGUACAUGUGUGCAGUCAUGCACGUGACAUUAUUUAUACAUGUGAAUGAUGAAUAGGGGGAAAAAAGCUUAUGUAGAGUAGUGGAAGGAGGGAUAGAGGUGACAGGGGCUCGACCAAUAACUGAAAACAGAUUCCAUUUCUCAGCUGCACUUUGUCUUAGAAAACAAGUGUCAAGUACAUGUCCCUGUAAAUAUGCUUUUGUUCUGUGUCAUUCAGUGGUGAUGAGAGUAAUGUCUUAUGAUGUGAUGAUUGAUCUGGAUUCCAUUUAUCGUCCAUUGCUAUGCAGUGUUCAGUAUCUUCAGGAGUUUGGCCACACUAUUGCAGAGCAGCAGUUAAAACUAAGCCUGGUCAAUAACAAAACAUUUCUGUAACUUUCAGUUCAAAUUACUUUAAGGUCUAUUGAUUCCCAUAAGUUUUUUACAGAUUUUACUUCCCUGUUCUUAAGUAUGAUCCCGUUUUUUUUUUUUAUUAUAUAAAUAUGUUAACAUACUUAAAUGUUUUCAUUUACUGUUCAGGUUGUGUGGUUCCUAAAAGCGCUGACCCUGGAGGUUAUUAAAACUGCUGCCGAAUCCUCCCUCAGUCCCAGAGAGGAGAGGAAAAACCUCUAAAGUUGUUCUCUCCUCUCACGCUUUGUUCUUGAAAAGACAAAGCGUGAUAUAUGAGAUAUAGUUUGGUGCGUUUUUUGUAGAUGUUUUGUUGUCCCUGUUAUUUCUUUAGGGCGAAUCGAUUCUGAACACUAGAUUGUACUCUAGCUCUUUUUUCUUUGGUAAAUGUGGUGCAGAGAAGUCGGCAGCAUUCUCAUGAACAGAUCCAGGACAAUCCUGCUGACAGGAAGCUGUGCUCACUGUCCUCUCUGAUGUUGGCUCUAUUGUAGCACAGUAAUGAAUCUACACCGUCAAGAUUGAGGCUUUGCUGAAACGCUGGCUCAUUCGGUCACAUCAGAAUGUGAAUUUAAUAUCUGUUUCUUUUUAAUGCCAAAUCUCUUUCUCCAGUUGAAUUAAUUCAAUUUUCAAAAGAAAUUAAGGUUUAAUGUCGAGUUAAUUUGUGUUAAGGUUGGGGAAGAGAACCUAUCUUGUGUGCGUGUUGGGGGGAGUUGUCAUAUUGCACAUGCAAUCAGCCAAAGCUUAUAUGUCAUUCUUUUUAAAGCCAUAAAAGCAACACAGAUUCACUUGAGCUGCUCCAACUGCCGUUGAACCUCACGCAGAUUCCUUUUGAUUUUAAGCAAAGCCGAAUUUCAAAGCCAUUGGAGUGAGUUGCCUCAGUAAACAGUUUUAUGUUCCAAACUUAACUUGACACCUGGAAACCAAACUGACAGUAUUUCAGUAAGUCGGAGAUCUCACCUCAUUUCUGUCACACUGGGUAGCUCGUAUCAGAUGCUUCUGAUUUCCGUCAGAUUUAAAGUUUUAAACCUUUAGUCCAUAAAUCGUUCAUCAAUAGAAGAUACAUCCACAGCUAUUUUGAUAAUCAGUUGUCAUUGUUCAAUUAAAUAUGUCAAAUACUCUCUGGCAGCAGCUUAUGUGGUAGUGAACUGAAGACCCUCAGGUCUCAGCACCGGACAAAACAAGGGAAUGAAGACAUGGCUUCUUCUUUUUUUUACUAUUUUUUGAAAUUUUACAGGCCAAUCAAUUAGUCAACAGAUUAAUCAAUCAAAAUAGUCAUUAGUUUGAGUAAAAAAACUAACAAAUCUGUGUAAGUAGCAUCAUCAUCAAUACCAUCUGACACCAGUAACUUGGCCAAAGAGAAGAAGUUCCUGCCAUCAUUUAAAAGAAAUGAUCCAGAAAUGUCAUUAUCAUACAACACAAUAAGCAAACGGAAAUAACUCCUUUCACGUUCUGAUCUUGCUGAAUCUCCACUGUCAACAAAACAAGCUUUAGUCUCUUAAGGUCAUAGAACCAGUGGUUAACUUUGUGUGUGUGCGUGUGUACAACAUCCGUGACGAUAGCUCCUAAUGAUCUUGUAAAGUAAACUGCUGCUGUAUAAAGAUAAAGUCCUUUCCUUCUGAAUGUAAACCAGCAGAAUCUGUUGUUCAAAAGAGAGGGAUGUUGAAGUCCUGACGUUUGUCACAUGUACAAAACUCCUCUUCAUCCUCACCCAGGCUUUUGAAAUACUUCAGCCUCUAUUUUGGAACACAGAUGCUGUGCAAAUUAAAAACCCUUAAAACCUCUAGCUGGUGUAAAACUGUGCUCGUUAUUCUGUGCUGUCCUGGUUCAGUGGCUUGAGAACUUUGUAGGAGUUCAGAGUUUGCUUUUUUCCUUCUUAAAUCAAAUUGAUUUAGAUGUGGGUCUGGGGGAUUCACUGUGUUACUGUCUUCAUGUCUUAGAUUGGCUAAAGUGCAUAUAUUUGCACAUCAGCUCUCACAACACUAAACGAUGAAUUCAGAGACUGAAACGGGAACUGGCCAAAAAUAGUAAUAAUAAAUAAACAGGACCUUUUCCUUUUAGUGUUUGUGUAGUUUCACUUACGUACACAUGGGGGCGGUAUUUGAUAUGUUGAUUUACUGCUGGCGCUGCCCUCUGUUCUUGUCUCCAUGACAAUGAUCAGUGGCAACUUGCAGUUAAAAGCCAUUUUCAAUGAUGGUUUGUGUAAAUGUGAAACAUGUUAAAGAUCAGAGAAAUGAAAUAUGCUGCUGCACCACAAUUUUAUAAUGUUUUCAAUAAAAUCAAAUGAAAACCUGAA